AUGCCGUUUGGUGAGGUCAUAAUCGGGCCUCCUGGCAGUGGAAAGUCGACGUACGCCUAUGGGAAGCACCAGCUCUUUACCGCGCUCAAUCGACCCAUCUCUGUCGUUAAUCUGGAUCCCGCGAAUGAUAACAUACCGUAUCCAUGUGCUUUAGACAUAUCAUCGUUAAUCACACUAGAAGACGUCAUGACUGAGCACGGGCUCGGACCUAACGGUGCUAUGCUAUAUUGCAUGGAAUACCUUGAGGCCAACUUUGAUUGGCUCGAGGAUGGCCUUCGAGAACUCGGAAAAGAUGCAUACGUCCUUUUUGACCUGCCUGGUCAAGUCGAGCUCAGUACGAGUCAUGACAGCCUCAAGCGAAUUGUGGAAAAGCUCACACGAGUCGGAUUUCGCCUAGCCUGCGUACAUUUAUGCGACGCACACUAUGUCACCGACGCGUCGAAAUACGUCUCUGUGCUUUUGUUGUCUCUUCGUACGAUGCUCCAUCUCGAGUUGCCUCAUAUAAAUGUUUUCUCCAAGGUCGACCUUGUCUCUCAAUAUGGCGAUCUCGAUUUCAACUUGGAUUUCUACACCGAAGUUCAAGACCUAUCACACCUUGAAAAUCUCCUCACAUCGGCAUCGCCGCGCUUCGCUGCCAUGAAUAUGGCCAUGUGUUCACUCAUUGAAGAUUACUCUCUCGUCGGCUUUGAGACUCUUGCAGUAGAAGACAAGCAUUCCAUGCUGCACCUCACGCACGUAAUCGAUCGGGCAACAGGAUAUGUCUAUGUACAGCCUUCAAAUAUAGCACCACCCGGCACAGUUACUCCCGUAGGAGACGAAUCAAAUUCUCGAUCGCAGCGCCCUAAUGAAUAUGCGCUCUUCUCAACCGCCGCUGGUCCUCUUCAGGGUCUACGCAGCGACGUGCGUGACGUACAGGAGCGUUGGAUUGAUGCCCGAGAGGAAUGGGACGCCUUUGAACGACGCGAGUGGCGUCGUGAGGGUGAAGCCGUGCGGGAUGCGAAGGCAAGAGAAGAAGCCGCAAAGAAAGAACCGGGGGCUACAGUAGGCUCUGAAAGCGGAUCGGUGAACAGCAGUGGGCUACGGCGCCGGUAA